GCGCAGAAGGACUGGCUUGCGAAGGAGCUACAGGCAUCCACUGCUGAGUGGCAGAUCAUCGUAACCCACUAUCCGCCGAACUUUGAGCCCUGCCGUUCGACCUGGGAGAGCUAUCUCGUCGAAUAUGGCGUCGACUUCUACGUCAGCGGCCACACCCACUUGCAGCACACCAACACGACUUUUGGGGAGACUGCUUUUGUGAUUUCUGGAGGUGGCGGAGGCAUCACCUCUGAAAUUCUGCCUAGCAAAACAGGGGAGGAUGAUGGGUAUGGCUUCAUGGACGUCGUCAUCCAGCACGAUGCCAUGUACAUCACCAGAUACUCUCAUGGCGGUGUGGACAAGAAGACCAUUGUCCGCGGUGUGACCAAGGUGAGCCCACGCAGCCCGAAGGCAGUUUCACAAGUCGCGAAGGCGGAGCCAGAAGUCGCGAAGGCAGUGGGAGGGGACAGCUUAGAUGCGAACAUGCUUGGUGUUGCACAGAAAACGAGAGCGGACGAGCUGCAGCUGCAGGGCCGGCUAGACAUUUUUGUUGAUAGCGUGUUUGAACACCGAGGUUUGUUUGAUCACUUGGUGAGCGCUGCUCUGAGAUCCAGCUUACAUCUGGCCUGA